AUGCGAGCGUUUGGACACUCUGAAAACUUGAGAACGCUCAGAAUACUUGAGGCACAGCGCCCGCUUGCCAAGUAUCCGAAGAAGGCUGCAUCAAGACGUGCCGAGGUGGGCACAAACAUUCUUCAAUCGGUGCUUCAGAGGAGCUUCACAGGAUCUAAGGUCGUAGACAUGCAAGCCACUCAGAUGGCCGCUGCAGCCAGACAUGCCCUCACUGCUGCCCAAGCCGUUGGCAGGGGAGCACCGACUGGGAGCAAAGAGAACCUGGCACCACAACGGCUCAAGCGUUCUGCCAGUGAGGCUGGUUUGGACGGCCCACCUUCACAAAUGGGCAAGCCCCUUGAGGCUAGCAGACAGCCUCUGAUCAUGGAGAGACCGCAACAGCUGGCUGAUAGAGGACACAAGCUGCGACCUGCAGUGCGGCUGCCCCCACAACAUUCUGGAGGCCGGGGGGGGCUCCUGUUGGGAGGUCCUUCACCUGUCUCUGACAUUGAACGGGCGCGCAUACCACCCAGGGCCACAGCGCAAGCAGCAGCUGAAGAGCCUGACCUCUCUCCCAGCCCUCCGCUCCACGAUGCGGCCCUUGACGCCCUGCCAGCUGGGCCUCUCUUUCCAUUUGGAGACUUCGGUGGCAGCCCCUUCGGUGGCUUUGACGAGUUGCUGUAUCCCACUGAGUUUGACCAGCUGGUGCGCAGCCUCACUCAGCAGCAUGCCCUGCGCCGGCUGUCAGACCCUUUAGAGGCAGCUGCGCCCCUUGAGCAGCACCCCCCGCCACCUCUGGGCCUGCAGGCCUGGCUAGAGCCAGCUGCCCCCGAGGGGGCUUCGCUUGAGCCCCUGCCCACUUCUGAGCCAGACCUUAGAAUUCACCGGGCACGCCUCCCCACAAUAGACGACCUUCUUUUUCCCAAUCAGCCCCGAGUGGACUUCCCUGCCCGCUUCAUCCCCGUCACAGGGUGGCAGGCCUCCAGUGCGGAGCCUCUCCCGCCUGCGCCUAUCGCUGCAAUGGUCCCUCCAGAUGGGCGCACUCUCCCUCUCUUUACUGAGACACUUGGGGCAGCACAGCGGGAACGGGAGCCUCUGAGGGAGCUGGACGCAAACAUGGUCAGCCAGGGCACAACCCAGCUUGCCCUAAAGAAGAAGCGCCGAGUGAGCUCAAGAGACUCACGGACUGAUGUCCUUGACCCUUUGGACGCAUGUGAUCCAUCCUUGGCUUCCGUCUCGGACCUCUGGGCCCACCAGGGCGACCAGUGGUGGCUCACGGCCGCCCGUUGUGCUUCGGAGCGCGUCUCCGAGCUCGCCAGCAAGGAGGCCCGGCUGCGCCACCGCCUGCACGCCCUGGGCCUCUCUGGCAGUCCCCUCGUGUCGACAACCGUCCAGGGCUGCUAUCCCGGAUGGAAUGCUCGUGAACAAAGGGAUUCGAUUGGGCACGACUUCGAAGCAGAGGGUAAUAGCAGGGCGGGCUCCAAAUUGUGUUUUGCUGGGGCGGAUCCUAGUGGUCCAAGAGAAGACGCCUCGUGCUUGGGCACAGAAGGCGAGCUUCCGGUGGCCUUCUCCGGGACGUUCACAGCACGGGGGCUCCAGAUCGUCCAGGUGGAACCGGCGCGGGAGGAGAGCUUGGGAGAGUUCCUACAGAGGAGAGUAGUACGCUCCAGCAGGGCGCUCGCCGACUCGGUGUGGCGCGUGCACGGCAAGCAGCUCCUCAUGCUCGGGCCCAGUCCGCAAAGUGUGGCCAGGCCGAGGCUGGAAACAACAAUGACGCCCGGCAGGGGUGAGGAGAGUGGGGCAAGCAUGCACCAAAAUUCUUGGUUAGGUGCAUUUGGUGAAAGGCUUUGACAAAUACGAAUAGCUCAUGCAUUAAUCGGCUCAUGAGGCCACGAUGACAAUGAGGUCGAACUUUGGAGGUGACCCAGCCUCUGCGCUGCGGAGAGUUUCCGAGAUUUUGCAGGUAAUUAAGCUCGAUUAACUGGAAAAGCAGUUGUUAAGAAUGAAUCGGUUGAGGCACCGUGAACGUGUUGACUGGUUCUUGAGAUCAUGCCUCAGAGAUCCGGAAGAAUUAGCCCAGUCCGCAGAAGUAUCCUCAAUCGAAAGUAUUGGCCUUGAACAACCACGAGGCUUCUAUACGGCUAAAGCUUCAUGCAUUAUUUGGGCAGUCUGACAAGGUGGUCACAAGUCUUGCUACGGUAACUGUACGGGUUCUUGUUCUCAAACACGUGAAGGUAGACGUUGUGUCCAAUCAAUCUCGCCAAUUGGGUGCUCCCGGAUAGAUGCACGUCGUAAACUAGACUCUGAGCACCGCUCCCAAGCUCUCAGGAACACGAUCGACCCAUAUGCCGCC